CACACACACACACACACACACGCGAGAGCGCGCGCGCGCACAUCCUGAUGCUAGAGUCAGAGCAUCACCUGCAGUGAGAAGCGCUGGAGUCCCGUAGCAGCUCUCACAGCCGCUGUCUGGAUGUCCACGAAAGGCAGAGGAUCCAAAUACCAGAAAAGAGUGUCUUUUUCUGAGGAUGAAGAUGAGCAGUGCUGGAAAGAGGAGAACGGCGGUGUGGACGCACAUCACGUGAAAUCCGUCAAGACCGUGAGGGAUUCGUCGGGAUAUUACCGGUACAACAUGAAAUCUUCGGAUAGCUUCCCCCAUCGCAGGAUGACCCUCCCGCGAGAAAAGGGACGACGACAGGCGGUUCGCGGACCUGCGUUCAUGUUCAACGCCCGUGGCAGCAGCCUCACGGCCGAGGAAGAGCGCUUUCUGGAUGCGGCGGAGUACGGUAACAUCCCGGUGGUCCGGAAGAUGCUGGAAGAAUCACCCACGCUCAACGUGAACUGCGUGGACUACAUGGGACAGAACGGGCUACAGCUGGCCGUCGGCAACGAACACCUGGAGGUGACCGAGCUGCUCCUGCGGCGAGACAACCUGGCCCGUGUCGGGGAUGCGCUCCUGCUGGCGAUUUCUAAAGGUUACGUGCGUAUCGUGGAGGCCCUGCUGGGACAUCCGUCUUUUGUGGGCGGCGAACGACUCACCCGCAGCCCCUGCGAGCUGCAAGACGACGACUUCUACUCGUACGACGAGGACGGCACUCGGUUCUCGCCCGACAUCACGCCCAUCAUCCUGGCCGCCCACUGCCAGAAAUACGAGGUCGUGCACAUGCUAUUGAUGAAGGGCGCCAGGAUCGAGCGGCCACACGACUACUUCUGCAAAUGCGCCGACUGCACGGAGAAGCAGAGGAAGGACUCGUUCAGUCACUCGCGCUCCAGGAUUAAUGCGUACCGCGGACUGGCCAGUCCGGCGUAUCUCUCUCUGUCCAGCGAAGACCCGGUACUGACCGCGCUGGAGCUGAGCAAUGAGCUCGCCAAACUCGCCAACAUCGAAAAGGAGUUUAAGGAUAAAAAGAACCGUAAUAAAGAGACAUCGCAGCACAAUGGCUUCUUUCUGAAUGACUACAGGAAGCUGUCUAUGCAGUGUAAAGACUUUGUGGUUGGAGUUUUGGAUCUGUGCAGAGACACAGAGGAGGUGGAGGCCAUCUUGAACGGAGAUAUAUCCGCCGAACUCGAGGAAGGCCAGCAUCAUCGCUCCCUACUCAGUCGAGUCAAACUAGCCAUUAAAUACGAGGUUAAGAAGUUUGUGGCUCAUCCGAACUGUCAGCAGCAGUUACUGACGAUCUGGUAUGAGAAUCUGUCUGGUCUUCGUGAGCAGACCAUUGCUGUGAAGUGUCUGGUGGUUUUGGUGGUGGCGCUGGGACUCCCUCUGCUAGCUGUGGGGUAUUGGUUCGCCCCGUGCAGUAAACUUGGUAAAAUACUGCGCAGCCCGUUCAUGAAGUUUGUGGCUCAUGCGGCCUCCUUUAUCAUCUUCCUGUGUCUGCUGGUGUUCAACGCCUCUGACCGGUUUGAAGGCAUCACAACCCUUCCCAACGUCACCGUCACUGACCACCCGCUCCAGAUCUUCAGAGUCAAGACCACACAGUUCACCUGGACAGAAAUACUCAUCAUGGUCUGGGUAGCAGGAAUGAUGUGGUCAGAGUGUAAGGAGCUCUGGACAGAGGGGCCAAGGGAAUAUAUCAUGCAGCUAUGGAACGUUUUGGAUUUCGGCAUGCUCUCCAUCUUCAUCGCCGCAUUCACUGCCCGCUUUUUCGCCUUCCUACAGGCAAUGAAAGCCCAGGAGUAUGUGGAUGAGAAGAUCCACGCUCCAGACCUCUCACUGGUCACUCUGCCGCCGGACAUCAAAUAUUUCACAUAUGCGAGAGAUAAGUGGCUUCCUUCGGAUCCUCAACUGAUCUCCGAGGGUCUGUACGCCAUCGCUGUGGUCCUGAGCUUCUCUCGCAUCGCAUACAUCCUGCCAGCCAACGAAAGCUUCGGCCCACUGCAGAUCUCCCUGGGACGAACCGUAAAGGACAUCUUCAAGUUCAUGGUUCUCUUCAUCAUGGUCUUCCUCGCAUUCAUGAUUGGCAUGUUCAUCCUUUACUCUUACUACUUGGGGGCAAAGGUUAACCCCGCCUUCACCACGGUUGAAGAGAGUUUUAAAACUCUCUUUUGGUCCAUAUUUGGCUUGUCUGAGGUGUCUUCUGUGGUGUUGAAAUAUGAUCAUAAAUUUAUUGAAAACAUUGGCUACGUGCUGUACGGGAUCUACAACGUUACCAUGGUGGUGGUUCUGCUCAACAUGCUUAUUGCCAUGAUAAACAGCUCGUACCAGGAAAUAGAGGACGAUGCGGAUGUGGAGUGGAAGUUCGCUAGGUCUAAACUCUGGCUCUCGUAUUUUGACAACGGCAAGACUCUCCCGCCUCCGUUCAGCAUCGUCCCCAGUCCCAAGUCCUUUUAUCUGUGCAUCAAGAGACUGGUCAACCUGCUCCGGUGUCGCCGGCGCCGCCUGAAAAAAGACGUGGAGCUGGGCAUGGACAACUCCAAGUCCAGGCUGAACCUCUUCACCCAGUCCAGCAUGAGGAUGCCAGACGCUCACAGCUUCAACAGCAUCCUGAAUCAGCCCACGCGCUAUCAGCAAAUUAUGAAGCGUCUCAUCAAACGCUACGUACUGAAAGCGCAAGUGGACAAAGAAAACGAUGAAGUCAACGAAGGCGAGCUGAAGGAGAUCAAGCAGGAUAUUUCCAGUCUGCGGUACGAGCUGCUGGAGGAGAAAUCUCAGGCUACAGAAGAGCUCUCCCUCCUCAUACAGAAACUCAGUGACAAACUCAACCCUCGACCGGUCCAUCCGCACUGACACAAGUCACCGGUCGGCUCGUUCUUCAUGACAAAUACUUUUCUGUUCCACACCGAUAUGCGGAGAUCCCCGAGCUUCGUCUGAACAACGGCAGACGAGGGCACAAGUUAGGCUCUUCUCCUUUCAGUUGCUGUUAAAAGGAGUUCACCCAGAAAUGAAAAUCACCCCAUCGUUCACUCGCCGCCAGACGCCAUACGCCGGGGUCAGAGGUCGGCCGGGAAGCUCGAACUUUACUCUAGAAAGGCAUAAUGGAGUGAAAAAUGGGGUAAUUUUCAUUUUUGGGGAGAAUGAUCUACUGGACAGUUGUUUUUUGCUGUAUUUCAUGCUGGUGUAACAUUGGCUUCACCCUUUAAUGACGACCAGGAUUCGACUGACAGAUCCAUGCACUCAAAGAUGAAUCGCUCAUACAAUUUCCAGUCUUUUGGAUCGCACAGUCAUACAUAAGAGCUUUUAAAAUUGGUCAAAUUUGAAUGUCUAUUAUUAUUAUUAUUAUUAGUCUAUUAUCGAAUGUGCUAUUAUAGUUUUAUUAAUCUUUUGUGUCUCUUUUUAUUUAUAUCUUUUUCAUUUUUUAUUUUCAUUUUGAUUUGUAGUAAUUAUUUUUCUGCAUCCAUAAUUUUUAUAUUAGCACAUUAAAGUAGUCCACGUUAAAAUAAGUAGUCGCCAAGUAGCUGAAGUGAGUUUUAUUCAGUUAACGUUUAUUUUAUUUUAUCUCUGUUCAGAUUGCUCAGCAUAAAUCCUUAUUGUAAAAACAUUUACAUUUAUUCAGUAAAAAUCAUGGACAAACAAUAUUAAAAUAGUUAAAUAAAAAUUGAAAAAAAUAGUUAUUGAUGACAAAUAUAUAAGUAUUUUAUUACUGUUGCUAUAAUUUGCAACCUGUUUCAUUUAUAGAUGACUGACACAUGUUUAUUAAUUCAUGUUAAAACUGCGUAAUUGAAACGGAUGAAAAUUGUAUAAGCAAUUCAGAUCUUCAAUUUAGGUCUAAAUAUUUUUUGAGAUUGUAGGCUGUUUUACCUCCAAAUAAUGCAACAAUAACUGGAAGUGCAAUAUUCAGCAAACGAGUGUUCAUUAGCUCCGGUACAAUGAAAUAUGUUUGGAGUGACUUUAUAAUCAAAGAUUUGAGAUGAUAUUUGUGAAUAUGACCUAUACGAACUGCUACAUUUACGUAAUUGUUACUUUUUAUGUUUUUUUUUUCAUUCUUUCUUAUUUAUGUUCGAUUGUGUAUUGCAAAAAAUAUCAUCAUAUAUCUUAAAUAUAUUAGAAGUUAUUAGCAAAACAGUAUUUCUCAGUACAUUUUAGGCAGGGAUGUUUGUUCAUAUCCAUUCCCAGCGUUCCUUAGGGACCUGUAUUAGUGUAAACGUUAAUAGAUUAAAAACAUCAGUGACCAUACAAGUGUCCAUAAAACCUUUAAGAUGGAGAGACCUUCUAGCACAAAACUAUGCAGGGUAAAUGUUUAUCUGUACGUCAACAUCCGACUAAUUAUUAUUCGUAUUAUUUGUUGUUACAGUAGGUUUAGUUGUUGUUUUGUUACAGUGACUUCAAGUUAAUUAGCUGUUUACCUGCUUUCUGUUUAAUUCAUAUUCAUGUUGCCUGGAUCUUAUUUUCGAGCAAUAGUUUAUCCAAAAAAGAUAUUUAUCAAGCCCGUAAUGUUUAUUUACUCGUGUGAAAUAAAAAAAAUGAAGAAGUUUGAGCUGCACAGCGAAAGUAAAUGACGGUUUAUAAUGAAAGCUUAAUUUUGAGAAUCAAUGGGGGGUUUUUAUAGCGUCAUUAUGAAUUAGUGGUUCUUAGAGGGCUCCGUUUCAUUUCACAAAAUGCAACUCUGCACUCUUAAAUUCAAGGCUCUCUUGAUUAAUUAUAGAUGUAGGCUGUAGCCAGAUGAGAAGCAGUAGGUGGUAUAUUUCAUGAUAGACGCGAUAUAGCUGCAGCAGUAGGCAUAUUUAGGAUCAGAGCAGGACUACUCAACAAAAUAUACAUAUAUAUAUAUAUGUGUGUGUGAAAAUGUCGAUUCUGUUUUGAUUUUGCUUGCAUUUUUCAUUUCUUUAGAUGUUUAAGCUAUGCAUUUUGGUAUAAUUAUUAUCAAUGAAAUGAUUUUAGAGGGAAAUCUGAGAAAUGUAGCUAUGACACAUAUAAAUGUUACUGUAAGACGAUAGCACUGAGACUCUCAAUUUGACAUUUUUAAUGUUUUCUAUAUAAAAUCUAUUCACGAAAA